CCUCAAUCGGUCUCCAAGCGCUGCAAGAGGCAAAGAACAACCUUUCUAGUUGGUUUGCUGCAAUUAGGUUAUUGAAGGUGCUGUAAGUGACACUAGCCAGAAAACAAAUCUAAGCCAACUUACCAUGAAGUCCGCCUGCCUGAUCAUUCUGGCAUCUCUAGUGGUCUGCAACCUGACGUUGGCUCGAGGACAGGGCAUCCCCGCUGAGGAGGAGACGGGGGACCGGCAGACUAUUGACGAUAUCAUCCUACAGAGAGCCGAGAGCCUCCUGCUCCGCUCCAUUCUCAAAAAUAUAGGGGAUGAGGAUGGCGCGAACGAAGGGUUGACCUCUCAGCCAGAGUGGCUGGUGAAGCGGCAGCAUCCCGGUAAAAGGUACCAGGAGGAGCUGGAAAAAAGGCAACACCCUGGGAAGCGAGAGGAGGACGAGGACGAAGACUAUGACGAGGUUCAGAAAAGACAGCACCCGGGAAAACGCGAAGACGAAUUUGACUCUUUUGUGGAGCUCCAGAGAAGACAGCAUCCAGGCAAGCGCUUAAUACUGGAGCAGAUUACAGAGAACCCCGCAUUUCUAAGUGAACUCUCCAAACGUCAGCACCCGGGAAAGCGCUACGUGAUGUACUACAGUAAGCGCCAGCAUCCCGGCAGGCGAGAGGUGGACGACGAGUCAGACGCAGGGGACCUCAGGGAGUUGGAGAAGCGCCAACACCCCGGCAAACGCUACUUGGAUAACACGAGCCCGGAUUUGGGCGCCAACAGUCCCUGUGACGUGCUGGACCCUGGUUGCAGUAAGGCCAACCUGUUGCUCCAGCUAUUAGACAACGUGAACAAGAGUCGCGCGGAGAAGAGACAGCACCCAGGCAAAAGGUCCGCACCUGUCGAGGAUUUGACCGAACAGGAGUAACUAGCGGGGCUGAUGAAGCCCACGUGGGGAAGAAAUAAAGACUAAAGCGACGGGAUUAGCUAUUGGCUCUGCAGUCUGUCUGUAUCCAGCUGAGGACGCAGUCUCGGAAUCUGCUCUUUUUCUUUCUGACCUUGAAUUGAAUAGGCUAAGUGUAAUUUUCAGAGUUAUAUAAAGUAAAUGUGUUAUAUACGACUAAAUGGACCUGUAGUUUGUUUUAUGAUUUAGGCCUAAUGCGUUUGUGGUAAAAUAUAAGUGGAUAUACCCCUGCAAAAUAAUUUAGUGCGUCUCUUGAUUACUUUUCUACUUGAAUAUUCUUGCAUGGUAUAACAACUGAUUAAUUGUUGUGCAUUUUCUGUUACUUUUGCCUUAAAGCCUAUUAUGACUCUACAACUCUAUACAAUAAAACGCAUUGGUACAGAUGACU